GUUAAUGGCUUGAGGGAAAGAGAAUCGCUUCAGGAGAGUUUCGGGAUUUUUCUGAAGUGAAGCUUGACUUUUCUCAAGCAAUAUUACGAUAAAGAAAGUAAUAAGUUACUUUUGACCAAUACGUGUGAUAUCUAAAUAACUAUGCAGGAUGCAGUAGCCGGGACAGCAAUGAUGACGGACGGCUUUGAGGACGAGAUUGACUCCGUGACUCCUCGCCCCCCUGCUUUAGGGAUGGGGGUUGGAGCCACACCAGGACCCGGACUUGGUGGCCUUGGUAUUGGCGCAGGAGGAAAGAAAGUCCGCUUUUUUGGUGAGGCAGGUGGGCCUACAGCAGAUAGGAUUGAUUUUAAGCUCGCCGCAGCCGCAGUGCUCUCAUCUGGCCCCGGAUCUGGCAGCGACGAAGAUGAAGUAUCUGAGGUGGAGUCCUUUCUUCUAGAACAGGAGGACCUGGACAACCCGGUGCUGAAGACGGCCUCGGAGCUGCUUCUCUCCAGCGCUGCAGAUAACCUGGACCUGAGGAGAGUGGACCCAGAGACCCAAGCCCGUCUGGAGGCCCUACUGGAGGCUGCAGGCCUGGCCGAGCAGUCCAACGCAGACGGCAAAGCCUUUGCAGACCCUGAGGUGCUGCGGCAACUGACCUCCUCCGUGAGCUCCGCUCUGGACGAAGCGGCCGCCGCCCUGACACGCAUGAGGGCCGAGAACACGCUCAACGCCAGCCAAGCAGACAAUCUGGUUAUUUUUAGCCGCAGCCUGGCGGAGGCGUGCUCGGACGGGGACGUGAAUGCGGUGCGCAAGCUGCUGGAUGAGGGCCGCAGCGUCAACGAGCACACGGAGGAGGGCGAGAGCCUGCUGUGCCUGGCCUGCUCCGCCGGAUACUACGAGCUCGCACAGGUCCUAUUGGCCAUGCACGCCAAUGUGGAAGACCGGGGCAUCAAAGGCGACAUCACCCCCCUGAUGGGAGCAGCCAGCGGCGGUUACGUGGACAUAGUCAAACUGCUGCUGGUACACGGAGCAGACGUCAACGCACAAUCAUCCACAGGCAACACGGCGUUGACAUACGCGUGUGCGGGCGGCUUCCUGGACGUGGUUCGGGUGCUGCUGAAGGAGGGCGCCAACAUCGAGGACCACAACGAGAACGGCCACACGCCCCUCAUGGAGGCGGCCAGCGCCGGCCACGUGGAGGUGGCCCGCGUUCUGCUGGAGUACGGCGCCGGCAUCAACACGCACUCCAACGAGUUCAAGGAGAGCGCACUCACACUCGCCUGCUACAAAGGACAUCUAGAGAUGGUGCACUUUCUUCUGCAGGCCGGAGCCGACCAGGAGCACAAGACAGACGAAAUGCACACAGCUCUCAUGGAGGCAUGCAUGGACGGUCACGUGGAGGUGGCUCGGCUGCUACUGGACAGUGGUGCCCAGGUGAACAUGCCUGCGGACUCGUUCGAGUCUCCCUUGACGCUGGCGGCGUGUGGCGGCCACGUGGAGCUGGCGCACCUGCUGAUCGAGCGCGGUGCCAACCUGGAGGAGGUCAACGACGAGGGAUACACCCCGCUCAUGGAGGCCGCCCGCGAGGGACACGAGGACAUGGUGACCCUGCUACUCUCACAAGGAGCCAACAUCAAUGCCCAGACGGAGGAGACGCAGGAGACGGCGCUGACGCUGGCUUGCUGCGGGGGCUUCCUGGAGGUGGCCGACUUCCUGAUCAAGGCCGGCGCCGACAUCGAGCUGGGCUGCUCCACGCCACUCAUGGAGGCCGCGCAGGAGGGACACCUGGAGCUCGUCAAAUACCUUCUGGCAGCAGGUGCAGACGUCCACGCCACCACGGCGACGGGAGACACGGCGCUCACGUACGCUUGUGAGAAUGGACACACAGAUGUCGCUGACGUGUUGCUGCAGACCGGAGCAGACCUGGAGCACGAGUCAGAGGGCGGCAGGACUCCACUGAUGAAGGCCGCCAGAGCAGGCCACCUGUGCACCGUCCAGUUCCUCAUCAGCAGAGGUGCGGAUGUGAACAGGGCGACGGCUAACAAUGACCACACAGUGGUGUCACUGGCGUGCGCUGGAGGACACCUGGCCGUGGUGGAGCUGCUGCUGGCACACGGGGCCGACCCCACACACAGACUCAAGGAUGGCUCUACGAUGCUGAUUGAGUCGGCUAAAGGUGGCCACACCAACGUGGUGUCCUACCUGCUGGACUACCCCAACAACGUGCCCGCUGUGGAGAUCUCGCACAUCACCUCCCCCUCACACGAUGCCUCCCAGGCUCCCAGAGUCCCAUUCCAGGCGCUGGCCAUGGUGGUGCCUCCUCAGGAACCAGACAGAGUUCCAUCCAGCUCCUCACCCGUUUCCAGCAAAGGCAUGUCUAAGCAGCGGCUAGCCCAGCUCCAGAACUCACCUGGUGUGGCUGGCUGUGCCGCUGCGGCCGCCGGUGGUGUCGUCUGUGGGGGUAAUGGUGGCGUUGGCGUUGGUGGUGGCCUGGACGCGGAGCUGCUGCAGCCCUUCCACCCGUACCAGCAGCCGCUGGAGUGCAUCGUGGAGGAGACGGAGGGCAAGCUGAACGAGCUGGGCCAGCGCAUCAGUGCCAUCGAGCGUGCCCAGCUGCAGUCGCUGGAGCUCAUCCAGGGCGAGCCGCUCACCAAAGACAAGAUCGAGGAGUUGAAGAAGAGCCGCGAGGAGCAGCUGCAGAAGAAGAAGAAGAUCCUGAAGGAGCUGCAGAAGGUGGAGCGCCAGCUGCAGCUCAAGACGCAGCAGCAGUUCACCAAAGAGUACAUGGAGGCCAAGGGCCCCCGCGGCGCCCUCGAGCCGGGACCAGGGGCAGGGGUGGAGAGCAGCACAGCGCCCGGCGCCCCCCUGCCCCUGCCCGGCCAGCAGCCGCCGCCCCAGCCGGGCCCAAACAACUACACCGCCGCCGGCGGCGUCAUGGAUGCAGAGCUCCUACAGCAGCAGGCUCUGGCGGGAGACUACCGCGCCCUCAUGCCACCCUUCGACGUGGACGAUGACGCCGACGACGACGUGGAGGUGGCCGACCUCGGGGAGGACGACGAGGGGGUGGAGGAUCCGGAGUACGCCAAGCUGCCGCAGGUGGACACCAUCCUGUACCGCGACGCCUCCCAGCCCCCGCCUCCUCCACCUCCGCCUCCGCCUCCCCCUCCGCCCCCACAGGCCGCGUCAGAUCUCCAGGCGCCGCCGUCCCCUCUGCCGCCGUCGUCCCUCUCCCCACUGCCCUCUCCCGCGCCGGGCUUCGUGCCCAUCCAGCCAUCCUUGGCCGCCGCGCAGCAGCAGUCCACCGACUUCACGGGCAGUGGCGGCGGUUGCAUGGGCGUGGUCGGUGUCGGGGGCAUGGUGGAGUACCCGUGCGUGGAGGAGGGAAGCCCCGAGCUGCAGAGGGCCAUGCUGGGGCAGCAGCUGCAGCAGCUGGGGCCGGGCGGGCUCAUGGCACAGGGCCCCGACGGCCUCAUGGUGGCCACGCCCGCGCAGACGCUCACCGACACGCUGGACGACAUCAUGGCGGCAGUGGGCAGCAGAGUUCCCAUGAUCCCUCCCACCUCCCCCACGCCUCCGGCCCCCGGACAGCUACCCGGCACAGCGGGCUCACCCUCCAUGCUGCCCCUCUACCCCUCCGUCGACAUUGACGCCUAUACGGAGAGCAAUCAUGACACGGCGCUGACGCUGGCGUGCGCUGGGGGGCACGAGGAGCUGGUGUCGGUGCUCAUCACACACGGAGCCAACAUCGAGCACCGCGACAAGAAGGGCUUCACUCCUCUGAUCCUGGCGGCCACAGCCGGGCAUGUUGGAGUGGUGGAGAUCCUGCUGGACAAGGGAGGAGACAUCGAGGCCCAGUCCGAGAGAACCAAAGACACACCCCUCUCCCUGGCCUGCUCCGGGGGACGACAGGAGGUGGUUGAGCUGCUGCUGCUGCGUGGGGCCAAUAAGGAGCACCGUAACGUGUCGGACUACACCCCCCUCAGCCUGGCCGCCUCUGGGGGAUACGUCAACAUCAUCAAGAUCCUGCUCAACGCCGGAGCAGAGAUCAACUCCAGGACGGGCAGUAAGCUGGGCAUCUCUCCGCUGAUGUUGGCGGCGAUGAACGGCCACGUGCCGGCGGUGAAGCUGCUGCUGGACAUGGGCUCCGACAUCAACGCGCAGAUCGAGACCAACCGCAACACGGCGCUCACGCUGGCCUGCUUCCAGGGCCGCGCCGAGGUCGUCAGCCUGCUGCUCGACCGCCGCGCCAACGUGGAGCACCGCGCCAAGACGGGUCUGACUCCGCUGAUGGAGGCUGCGUCGGGCGGCUAUGCAGAGGUGGGCCGCGUGCUGCUGGACAAGGGUGCGGACGUCAACGCCCCUCCUGUCCCCUCCUCUCGUGACACGGCACUCACCAUCGCCGCCGACAAGGGCCACUACAAGUUCUGCGAGCUCCUCAUCAUCAGAGGGGCCCACAUCGACGUGCGUAACAAGAAGGGCAACACCCCUCUGUGGCUCGCGGCCAAUGGCGGCCAUUUUGAUGUUGUCCAGCUGCUGGAGCAGUCAGGAGCUGACGUGGACUCCGCAGACAACCGCAAAAUCACCCCCCUCAUGGCCGCCUUCCGCAAGGGCCAUGUCAAAGUUGUGCAAUACCUGGUGAAGGAGGUGAACCAGUUUCCUUCAGACAUAGAGUGCAUGAGAUACAUCGCCACCAUUGCGGAUAAGGAGUUGCUGAAGAAAUGCCACCAGUGCAUGGAGACCAUAGUGAAAGCCAAGGACCAACAGGCUGCCGAGGCCAACAAGAAUGCCUGCAUCCUCCUCAAGGAGCUGGACCUGGAGAAGUCCCGUGAGGAGAGCAAGAAGCAAGCGCUGGCUGCGAAGCGAGAGAAGCGCAAGGAGAAACGCAAGAAGAAGAAAGAGGAGCAGAAGAGGAAGGCGGAGGAGGAGGAGGAGGCUAAGGUCAAACAAGUCUUUGAUGAGAAGGACCAGAAGGAGGACUCCGCAGAUGAAGCCGAGGUGCCCAUUGAGCCUCCCAGCGCCACCACGACCACCACCAUCGGAAUCUCUGCCACCUCGCCCACCUUCACCUCCGCCUUCGGCAAGAAGCGCGCCAGCCUCACCACGCUGCCCUCCGCCGGCCGCAAGAGCAAGAAGAACAAGCUGAAGGAGACGGUGUGCCCGACCGGCACACAGCCCAUCAUCCUACAGGACCCCCAGGUGGCGCUGGCCCCCCACAAGGCCGACCGCAACAAGAUCAACGGCGAGCCUCGAGGUGGCGGAGUGCCGGGCGGCAACAGCGACUCGGAUAACCUGGACAGCGGCGACUGCAACAGCGAGAGCAGCAGCGGCAGUGGCGGCGGUGGCAGUGGCAGCAAGAUCCGGGAGCUCAGCGACGUCCCCUCGUCCUCUUCGUCGUCCUCCUCGUCCUCAUCCUCCCAUUCCUCCUCGGCUCUCCUGGGCAUCGCUGCUGGGCACAAGAUGCAGCAGCCCACGCCCGACAAACAUCAGAAUGCCAGAGAGGAGAAGGUCUCCCCCUCUAAGCCCCAACAGAAGGUCCAUGACGGUGAUUCUCACUCAUCCUCGUUCUCAUCGGUGAAGAGCACCUCACUGCCCAUCACCUCCCCCAGCAACAAGAUGAACCUCACCAGCCCCAAGAGAGGCCAGAAGAGAGAGGAUGGAUGGAAAGAGGUGGUGCGGAGUUGUUCUGUCUCCAGAUCCAAGAAGCUGCCGGUGCCGGCCUCGGUGGUGUCUCGCAUCAUGGGCAGAGGCGGCUGCAACAUCACGGCCAUCCAGGACGUCACCGGAGCGCACAUCGACGUGGACAAGCAGAAGGACAAGAAUGGCGAGCGCAUGAUCACCAUCAGGGGAGGCACAGAGUCGACCCGGCACGCAGUGCAGCUGAUCAACGCGCUGAUCCAGGACCCGGCCAAAGAGCUGGAGGACCUGAUCCCCCGCAACCACAUUCGCCAGCCGGGCGGCACCAGCACCCGCGUGGGCUCCACGCACACCACCGCCACCGCCACCAACACCACGGUGGCCAGCUCCCGAGGCCUGCCCCCGGCCGUGCCCUCCGCCACCAUGCCCACCUCCUACCAGGCAGCGGCGGCCGCGCAGGGUGCCCAGCAAGGCGGCAAGCUGGCCAAGAACAUAGUGGCUGCUGCGGCGGCGGCGUCCGCAGGCGUGCGUCCUCCGUUCGUCUCCCUGCCUCUCGCCUACACCCACCCACAGCUGGCGCUGCUGGCCAUGCAGCAGAUCCGACACCCGCGGCUGCCCAUGGCGCAGUUCGGCGGCACGUUCACGCCCUCGCCCAACACCUGGGGACCGUUCCCCGUACGGCCCAUCAGCCCCGGAAGUGCCAACAGCUCGCCCAAGCACAGCGGUGGAGGAGCCGGUGGCAGCAGCGGUAACAACGCGUCAGCUCCACGACCCUCUCCAGCAGCAGGCAGUGCCCACCCUGAGCACCUCACGUCUCCAGCGUCCAGCACCACCAACACCAGUGCUGCCCACUCUUCUUCCACCACCACCCCCUCCACCAGCUCCACCCCAGCGCCCCCCACCAACACCCCGCUCUCCACAGCGCCUACGCCCUCAUCCACUUCGGCGCCGCACGCCCACACCCACACACCCUCCUCCGCACGCAAGCAGCUCUUUGCCACAGAGCCCAAGGCUGCAACGACCACCACUACGCAGCCUUUGGCGGUGCCCAUCGCCACCAACAGCGCUCCGGCCGCUUCGGCACCCCAGACGCCCACCAACUCCUCCGCCACGCCAGUCACCUUCGCGCCCACUGUCCGCAGGACCCCGCCACUGCCUCCCGCCACUUUCACGUCCCCCUCGCAGCAACAGCAGCAGCAGCCUGGUGUCGGCAAGCAAGAGCACGCGCUGGGAGGAGGGAAGGACAAGGCUCUGGCAGAGCUGCCGGUGCCCAACGCCUCAUCCUCCCCCGACAGCCCCGGCGGUGGCGGCGUCAUGCCCUUGCCGGCCUCGCCCACGCCUCAGCCACUGCUGCACGGCCAGGGAGAGCCCUCCACCAUCUCCAGGCCUACCGGUCCCUCUGCGUUCUCCAGCGGCGACCCCAGCAGCAUGGCCAUGUCCCAGCAGACCUCUAUGCCGGUGCCUCGACCCAUGCUGGCUAGCAACAACAACAGCAGCAGCAGCAACCCCCACGCCAACCUCAGCGGACCCAUACCUCAGUACGCACCACCACGUGUACAGAACCCUGCCUCCAUGUACGCUGUGGGUGCAGCAGGGCUGUCCCUGCAGGAGCAGCAGCAGCAGCAGCAGCAGAGUGUGUUCGUGCCUCCAGGCCCCUCUCCACAAGACCUCCACAGACCCCAGCAGCAGCAGCAUCAGCAGCCCAGCCCGUCGCCCAUUGGCAUGCCGCCCUCGUCCCUGCCCGGCUCGGCUUCCGGCGUGGGCAUGAUGAACGGCUCCCACCACAUGCACCACCCUCCCCCUCCCCCUCCCCAGCCCGGCGCACCCAAGAUGCACCCCCCGCCUAGCUACGGCCCCACCGCCCUCUUCAAUCACUUUGGCAGCAUCUUUGAGACCAACCAGCACCAGGUGGGCCACCACCACAAUCAGGUGUGGGGCGGAUGCCAGCUGUCCAGCAAUCGCGCAGAACAGCAGCAACAUCAUCAACAGCAGCAGCAGCAGCAGCAGCAACAGCAGCAGCAGCAACAGUACGGUGCCCCACCGUCUGCAUACGUGGAUGAUGGCAGCGGUGUGGCGCAGCUGGACGGCGUGAUGGGCGCGGGAGACAGCUCCAAAGCACCCGGCUACCGCUGCGUCUCACAGAAGAUGGCUCCCAGCCCAAUAGGCAUGCACCCCAUGGACCCCUCCAGCAACUCCUUGUCGUCCUCGGCUGCGUUGACGAGCUUCAGCACGAGCAUGGCUGCCAACCCCGCCGUCUACCUGCAGGGCUCGGCAGGCAUGGGCCCCCCCUCCUUCAGCCGCCAGCACUUCUCCCCGCUCCCCUGGGGAGCCUCCUCCUCCUGCAAGAGGAUCAGAGGCGAGUCCCCGGUGCCCUCUGUGUCGUCCGGCGGUGGCUCGGUGUCGGCCAUGUGCCCCGCAGCCGUGAUGCCCCAGAUGGCCGCCAAGGCCAGCGGCGCCGGCCCGCAGGGGGACCGCAAGGUGCCCCCGCCCAUCGGCACCGAGCGCCUGGCACGCAUACGGCAGACCGGCUCAGUCAACCACGCCAUGCACCCCGCCAGCUACACGCCAAACGUGGGCCAGGGAGGCAUCUGGUCCUUUGGCGUGGGAAGUGCCACAGAGCCCAUGGCGGGCUGGUCUCAGCCCCUGAUGGGGGGUCACGUGAUGCCCCAGCAGCUGGCUGAGCAGUCGGCCUUCUCGCAGCACCAGGCCAUGGAGCGGGACGACACGGGCAUCGUGGCCCCCUCAAACACCUUCCACCAGCCCGUGCCCACCAACUUCAUGGACUUCUCCAAGGGGUUGCCCAUGUCUGUGUAUGGGAACACCAUGAUGCCCCCCCACCCCCCAAUGGCGGAGGCCCCAGGGGGCCCCAUGUACAACGGUCUACACGCCGCGGACCCCGCCUGGAGUCCCAUCCUCAAACUAGUGCCCAACGCGGCCGAGAACACGGAUCCUCAACAGGUGUGGCCUGGGACCUGGGCGCCUCACGUGGGAAGUGUGCACCUGAAUCAUGUCAACUAAAACACACACCUAGCUGGUGAAAUAGUAGGACCAGUGCGAAGAACGUAGGUAAAAGGAAAUAAAAAAGAAGAAAAUGAAACUAGAAGAUUUAAAACACAAUGACUUUAACCUUAAGCGUAUCCCCAAAUUACAGAAAGAAAUA